GAUAUUUUUCUUUCUCCUAAAAUGGAGAAUUACCCUUCUCCCAACACCUGCUCCGCCACAACCUACCAACCAUCGCCGCCGCCGCCUCCGCCAACUCCCGUCACCAUCUCCGACCCAAACAAUCCAUACCCAACAACCUUCGUCCAAGCCGACACCACCUCCUUCAAAAAAGUCGUUCAAAUGCUUACUGGAUCAUCGGAAACUGUCAAACAAGCCACCACCGCCAAAAACCCGAUCCCACCCAUGAAAACAGGCCUCAACAAAAAACCCUCCAAGCUCUACGAACGGAGGAACAGCCAGAAGAACUUCAAGCUCAGCCCUUUGGUUGCUGGAUUCACAAAUGGCGGUGGGUUCACUGUGUCUCCUCGGAACCCCAACACGCCGGAAAUUCUCUCGCCGAGCCUCCUUGAUUUCACAUCUCUGGUGCUUAGUCCGGUGACACCUCUUAUUGCCGACCCGUUUUAUAAGUCGCCGGUGAACGACGGUAGCCCAAAUUUAGACGUUGAGGCUGAAGAAAAGGCGAUAGCGGAAAAAGGGUUUUAUCUACAUCCGUCGCCGGCGACUACGCCGAGGAGGGAAUUGGAGCCCCGAUUAUUGCCUUUGUUUCCGGUGACGUCACUUAGAUUUUCCGGCGGUUCAAGUUCUUGAAUUAUGAGCUAUUAUUAUUAUUAUUUAAUUAUUUUUUUCUAUUUUCUUAUGUAGUGGUUAAUUAAUAAUAAAUAGGAAGUUUCCAUUGGAUUUUACUCCAAAAUUUCCAGUUUUAUUUUAUAAUUUAAAAAUGGAAUGUUGAAAACGAGCUUUUGAUGGAUC